UGUGGUCAACCUGCACCUUUUUCACGGUCAGUUCAUCCUAUGGUUUUUCAGCGAACUGAACCGGUCCCUACUAACAGAGGAGCACCACCUUGUGAAGUGGUUUCCAGUCCAUGUCCACAUACUCCUCUUCCAGAAUUCAGCAUUUGGUUAGCUUCCAAGCGAUCCAACCAUAAAUACCCAUCCAUGUUCUCAUGCUCUCCCAUCCCUUCCCCAAACUGCAACUCCAACACACUCAAAGUGAGAACCAUAUAUGUAUAUAUUCAUAUAUAAUAUCUAUUCGCAUCUCGUCUCUUGCACGCACCACGAGUCAGAUCCGUUUAUCCUGCUGCUUUGCCUAGUAUCAAACCCCAAUGGUCCACGCAGCCACUCCAUUAUUGUAUACAGUUUUCUUCUUGAGUCAACUAGUCCUACCUCUCUCUCUCUCUAGCUCACAUCUCCUGUGAGAAGUGAGACCAUCUCAUGUUUGACCUUGCCCAGUAGCCGCCCAAGGGUACGGAGCACACAGAGGCAUGAGGUUUCGCAGAGGCAAGAGCUCCAACAAGGCCAAGAAGGGCUCCGCUGCUCCAUGGCAGAAUGGAGAGAGGAAGGGCGUUGAUGGAGGAGGAGCUGCUGGCUCCAACAGCAGGCAGGUGGCGCCGGACACCGGCUUCCGAAAUGUUGACGACGGUAGCAGCAGAGAUGAAACAUUCUUUGAAGCCACCCCAUGGUUGGAAUCGGAUUGCGAGGAUGAUUUCUACAGCGUCAACGGAGAUCUGACCCCUGCAAGAUCAUUCACGUCGCAAACCAGCCGGAUCGCGCCGUACGCAGCUAAUAAUAAGGAUCUGCCGACGCUGGGGGCGAUCCUGAAGGCCGAGCCGCUGAAGCCGCCCGCCCAGCAGAUGAGGAAGCUCAGCGACCUGCUGCGGGAGCCGCAGGACGACGGCGACGGCGACCUCUCCAGGGUGGACUCACUGCGCCUCGCCGAGGAGGCCAACCGGUGCUGCGUGCCGCAGUUCGCGCGGGCCAUCAGCUGCAACGGGAGGAGGAGCUAUAAGUGAUCGAAGUGACGGCCAUGGUGGUGGUGGUGGUGGUGGAUGGCAAUGGCGUGGCAGAGCCUGGGUUUGCUGAAGCAGAGCUUUUGGAAUCUUGGGAAUUAGGGGGUUCACUCUGUUCUAUGCCUCAUGGAACAAGCACAAGAGAAAAAAAAUGGACAUCCGAAAUGUGUAUAUAAAUGAUAGAACUGUGUUGAAACGGUCAAAAAAUGGUAUAAGUUUUUAUUAUGUAUGCCAUGUAAUAUACUCACUCCAUUAUAAAUUAUAAAUUAUAUUUUUUCUAA